AUGAGUAAAUACGAUUUGACAUGGCGUUUGGCGGAUUUCUUGGACCCUCAUUUGAUUAUUCCGCUGUUUGAAUUUUUGGCAGAUCGCAAGAUGUACGACAUCAAGGAAGUUCUGAAGGUCCGCUCGGAAUUUCUCUGUAGAACGAGUAUGGUUGAUGAAUUGAUUGACACGUAUGUCAUACUGAAGGAGCCAGUACCUCCAGAACUUUACGAACGUCGGAAAGCGGUUAUCGAAAGUCGAACCAGUAUGCAGGACCAGAUUGUUGAAGAAAUGUUGUGUGUUGACUGUUAUCCCUCUUUCUUUCAGUUUCAUCCUGACAUGUUAGACAUGCUGUAUAGGUUCGCACAGCUUCAGUACGAUUGCGGUGAUUAUGCUGCUUCCUCCGAGUAUCUGUAUUUUUAUCGACUGCUGGUAAGUCAGCAUCACAAUAACUACCUGAGUGCAUUGUGGGGUAAAGUCGCGUCAACCAUUCUUCAGCAGCACUGGGACACGGCUAGGGAAGACUUAUUGCGCCUUAAGGCGUAUAUCGACAACAACCCCUUCGAAACCGAAUUGGAACUUUUGCAUCAGCGGGCGUGGUUUAUCCACUGGGGACUGUUCGUCUAUUUCAACAGCAAGAAGGGUAUAGACGAGAUUGUGGAGACAUUUCUGAACCCAAACAUUCAGACGCUGUGCCCUCACAUCCUCCGGUACCUCACUGCAGCAGUUAUCAUUAAUAAGAAAAAGAAGCAGUGUCUCAAGGAGUUGGUUCGCAUAAUUCAAGUGGAAUCUUACCACUACAGAGAUUCUGUGACUGAAUUUGUGGAAUGUCUUUACGUUCACUAUAAUUUUGACGGUGCUCAGCAGAAACUGCGAGAAUGCGAGGAGGUACUCGCUAACGACUUUUUCCUUGUCGCUUGUCUGAACGAAUUCAUCGAAUCUGCCCGUUUGUUAAUUUUCGAAAUGUAUUGCCGCAUACAUCAGUGCAUAUCGAUCAGAAACAUCGCUGAAAAAUUGAACAUGACACCUGAAGAAUCCGAAAAGUGGAUAGUCAAUUUAAUUCGGAACGCGAGACUGGAUGCAAAGAUCGAUGCGAAGCUUGGUCUAGUGGUUAUGGGCACCAAGGCUGUGAGCGUUUAUGAGCAGGUGAUGGAGAAUACGAAAUUGCUGUCAUUUCGUGCCCAGUCGUUGGCGUUUCAGAUAGAAAAGUUGCAGUCUGAAAAGCAGAAGUCGACUAUUUUUCCGUAUCAAAUGAGAAAAUAG